GUACUUAAAAAUUAUUUUAAAGGAUUCUUACAUCACAACCUUCAAAAUAGAAAAGAAAAAAAAGAGAGUCAUGACUUCUGUUACCCCCCUUCGAGCCGACACGCAGUUGAUGCAGUUAGAAAAUUAUAUCACGCUCAGCGUACAGCUUAUCCAGCAGCUUCAGCAAGAUGACCUUGAGGGGGCAGCGCGAACAGCGCAAGUAAUCGAGACAUCGUCAGCGGAUACCUCUGGAGCCAAACUUUCCAAGUUGUCACCCUCACGUGCGGUGCUCAACUUGUACCAUGAAGUUUUUUGCACCGCAUCUCAACCGUCGAGGGUUGAGGAAGAAGAAGAAAGUCAAAGCGACGAUGACGAGGAUGAGUCAAGUACUUCGAACGCGGCUCCGCGAGAAGACACUACCACACCAAGCUCCGAUAACAUACUCAAUAAAUCUCCGAAAUGCAAUGUCUGUUGUACCGAUAGCUUCGCUACCAUUAAAUCGGAGAGCGAAGACGAAAGUAACUCGACCUCCUCGGGGAAUAUCAUCAACUGGAGGGGUCUCCAACGGUGCGUUGAUGUGCCCGCACAGAAAUCCAUGAACAGUGACAAAAUAAAUUUAAAUUCUCAGUUGUUUAAUAUUCUAUCGAAAAUAAAAGACAAUCGUUCUAGAGAAGGGAUUGAUAGACAAUACGAGACGGAUGUAAUGUCCCUUUCAAAGGCGCCGACGUCGGCGCCGGAACCUCAAACCAAUUUUGAGCGCGAUGAUGACGAUAACCCUGAAGAUGAGAUUCGAGAAAUGGAAGAGCAAAUACUCGCUGAUAUCGACCUACGAGUGGAGGAAGAAAUGAAAAGACUAGCAAUUGUGCGUAAGCACCGAUGA